CUAACUUUUUCAUUUCACUGAACAGGGAUUAGAUUUAUUUACUAAAUCAUCGAUACUCAACUAGAUACGUUACGAUUGGAUAAUUUCAGGAAUAAAACGUAUUUGUCCUUUCCCAGGACUCCAAUUAUGUCUAUAGGUCAGGGCCCAAUGAGAAUCGUACAAGGCCCGGGGCUCUAGAAAACAGGGACCACCCAGCAGUUAAAUCAGAAUUCCUCAAACAAUGUGGUUACUUUCUCUAUGAAAUAGUCUUCAUCUGGCAGCUAAGAAGAUCAUUGACAGCUGCCUAAUUAUUCCGAUUUCAAAUGUUCACUCUCCGUUGUCAAUUUUCACUCUAGCCCGUGUAUGUUUGGUUAAAAUAAACAGUAUAAAUUCUUUUUCGUAUUACGAUAAAACAAUAAAGUAUCACAAUUAUUUGAAACAGUGAUGGAAAUACAUAGCAAAAUAUUAAUUUAGUGUAAGAUUGUGAUCUAAUGUCGCAAGAUCCUUUUGAUUACAUUCGAUGGAGUGUCACUCGAGCGAUAGUAAAAAAAUAUUUAAAGUUUAUGAUUCAUCAGCGAAACACAAGCGGACCAGAAAAAAACGUAAUGGAUUGGAUGACUCCAACUCGUUAGCUACGGAUGAUUCUGCUAGUAUUGGCCAAUUGGCUGGUGUUGCAUCGGCUAAAGCAAGCCUGCAAAACGUUCCUACGACACAGACAUUAGCUGCAGCUGAUAAUGCUGGUGCCAAAAGAGAACGUGACAGCAGUCCGUCAGUGUCGCGGUCUCCGGGCGGCGACGACUGCCGGUCGCCCGGUCGUGAGGACCGCCGCUCCUGCCGGUCUCCGCGCCGGUACCGCCGCAUCAAAAAAGAGGGUUUGUCCUUGGCGUUGAAAGCGGGACUCGUAUCAACACCGUACUCUACGUCACCUCGUCAGGAAGCAGACGGUAUUAUGGACACUAUUCCCAAAGAUCAAGAUUCUUUUAUCUACGCUUUUCUGGAAGAAGCAAUCAAAAGAGAUAAAAAAAAACAACGGCACUCCCGGCGGCACGAGGAGCGGCGUCACAGCGGCGAGCGGGACCGCGAGGUGUCGGGCUCCCGGGAGCACCGCCACCACCGGCGGCGGGACGACGGAGCUGCGAAGGACCGCCCCCGAGACAGGUCUAGGAAAGAUGAUGGUCAUGCGGCUAUUGAUCAAAAUAUGCUGUUAGAAACCUUUGCAAAACUCUGCUCACAGAUGAAUGAAAGAGCUGUUGCUUACACAAAUACGCAAGUGCCACGUACCUUGAGUCACAAGUCUCUUCAAUGCGAGGUGAUUUCUAAACGAGACUCAUACGACGUCGAUCAUCAUCCCGUAAGGUUACGGAGUAACGAUCAUUCCCCUGGGAAUGUUUCCAAGACACGAAGCCACGACGAUUUUCGAGGAAAAGUUUAUAGUCAUGAAAAAAUUCAUAUGAACCAACGCCCGGACCGACAAGACAUGAGUCGUUACGACAAAGAUGCCAAUUGUUAUUGUAGCAAAAUGAAUAUAAGUAGAUCGAAAAUGCGAAAUACAGUCAAUGAUAGAUAUGCCUAUCCCGACCAUUUGCCUUCUAGAAAUAACAUAGAAAACUGCCAUAGAUCUCGAAUGUUUGAUCCCAGGGAUUCUAGGAACUACGACAGAGAUUAUGCAGCAGAAAGACAUUAUGAAAACGAUAGAAGAAGAUUCUACGACCAGAAAACGAGUCGCAGCUACGAUGUCCACAGGGAUGCGUACCCUGAGGAUGAAAAAUAUUUUCGUCGGACAUCGAGGAGUGACAACGUUAAGGAUAAACUUUAUGAUGACCGAGAAAAGUAUUAUGAUGAGAAAAUUGAUCCUUUAGAUACUCGAGAUCGGUACAUUUCGGGUAAAGAUCGACGACCGAAACGGAAUCUUGAUAGAUGCGAUCGUAAUUCCGUAGUAUCCAGGGAUGAUGAAUUCAGGGAUAGAUACUCUGAACGGGAACGAGACUCGGGUCUGAGCGUUGCUGAUGGCGACACAAGCACGGUCAGCGGAAAAAGCAAUUAUAUGAGAGUUGUUAAACAAGAGAUCGCCGAGCAAAGGGAAACUAUGGACAAAAUGAUGAAGUUGUGGAAGGAGUUGAUGCGAUGUUUUAAAGGGCUAUCCACGCAAAACCAGAACAAAUCAGCCCAAGACUCCGCAGCGAAUGUGCAAGAGUCGGCCGAGGCACAGCUGCGGCUCUGGCGAGAGUGCAUGCGUCGUUAUGAGACCGUGGCGCGUGAUGUCGGCGAUACGGAUGCGAGGCUUAUGGAGGAGAUCAAUAAGCAGCGCUCUGAGAUGGCGGAGAUGGCGAGCAUGUGGCAGGAGUGCUUGCAGCGGUACCGCGAGAUGAGCAGCGACUUCAAUAACCUGAAGCAGCAAGUCAACACCACCAAGCAACAGUACGUCGCCCCUGAAAGUCCGACGAGGCAGGCCCCCGCCGCGCCGCUCACAUGCGCGGAGGGGGUGACCAUUCCUGCAGUACCUUACCGCCUACCCAACAACUACCCACCGAUGCCCCCACCAAUGGGCGGUGGUUACGGAGGCGGGUCACCGCUGCGGUCGCGGGCGUCCGCACCGCCCGCGUGGUGGUGGUGUGGGGACGCGCGCGGCUCGCCCCGACGCCGCUCGUCACCAGACUCGCGCGGCUCCAGGGACCGAGACCGCGACCGCGACCGCCGCCACCGACACAAGGAUCGCGAGCGAGAUGAAUCGAGGUAUAAGGAAAAAUCCUCUAAACCUGGCGCUGCUCGUUCUGAACAUAGGCAUAGAAAGAGGUGAUUGUGGUUGCUGAUUCGAUGAAAGAGUAACUUCACGUCUAUAAUUCCAUUAAAAUCAUUCGUUACUCGAAAGUAUUUUUCUUUUUCUUUUUUUUUGUAAAUUGAAGUGUUUUACCUAAAAAACAAGGCUUAUUAUUUUCAAAUUGUGAAGUUUUUAGAGUGGUUUACGUGUUUUGAAAUUUUUAUGAAGUUUAUAAUAUAAUUAUAAAAAAUCGAA